GCAACCCUCUAGAUGUGUUAAAAGACUUGAUCCCAGCCCUGCUAAACAGCAGCAAACUCCUUAGCAACCUCACAGACUCCAUCAACAUGCCACUCCUCCAGGAUAUAUUCAGCACAGAACACAUCCAGAUGAUGGAAGAGCUUGUUAAUGGUUCAGAAUGGACAACUGUCCUGGACCUUUUCAUGAAGAACGUGCCCAACCUGAUGAAUUUGAUUGAAGCACCAGAGAUGGUUUCAAACAUAGUGAAUGAGAUAGCCAGUCAGUAUUUUGCCACAUUUAAGGCCGUUAUGGAGGGUCUGUCACAGAAUUCCACAGAAAUGGAUCCUGAUGCUGUUGCCAAGUCACUAGCAGACGGCAUGACCAAUCUGGAGCAAACACUACGGGAGGCCAUGGGAGAUAACAUGACAGACAUGGUUAUGGCCCUUGGAAGCAUGCUCAUGGACAUGGUGGAUGACAGCUCAGCCUUUUACGAGAAACUGACAUUGGACCUGAAGGCUAGUGUCUCCAGUCGUCCAGAGGUUGCAACUGCUCUAAACAAACUGGCAGCAAUGGAUACCACGGUCACAUAUACCUUCCUCUCUAACAUGGUGGCUAUGGAUACUGUAUAUAGUGUCCUCAAAGGACAGACAACUAUGCAGGAUGUUUGUAUUCAGUCCCUGGAGGGCACAGUUGCCUCCCCCUGCAGACAUGGCGGGCCAUUUAUGACUGCCUACAUGGUGCAAAUGGACAGCAUAAUGGCUGGUAGCAUUCCUCUUGAGAUGCAAAAUGGCUCCAUGAAAGCCAUGUAUGAACGAGCCUCCAACAUGGUGACUGACAUGAUGUCAUCAUCAUCUUGGUCCACAAUGGCGGAAUGGAUGGAUAUUUUCCAAACAGCUGGUACGAUGAAAGAUGUGUUGGAUUAUGCUCCCUAUACAAAUGACCCUAGAGGCAAUGGAGAACUCUUCACUGUGGAGAAUGAUUCGACCAAGUAUGGAGGUUGCCCUAGCAACAAUUGA